AUGUCGAAUGCAAUGCGCCAGUUUCAAUCACCAAACUCUUUGCAUCCACAAAAUCGAUCGAGCAGCCAAUCAAUAAGUGGAAUCCCCCACAACAACAGAUCAUCCAACGUUUGUGGUCAACCAUCAGCUCCACCCGGCCGCAAGCAGCCCUACACGAAUUCAACCCCGCUGCGUUUACCAAAUAGUUCGCUAGACCUAUCAAUUCCUGGUACUAUACCGUCUGGAUGUGGUGCACAUCACCCGCGGAAUCCAGCUCAUAAGCGAACAACCGACACAGAAAACGCUGACGAUCUUCAGGAUGCCGGUCGAAAGAUUAGGAAGUGA